UUGUUUUCAUGUAACCGGCAAAAACCUCAGAUGUAUUCGAGAGGUGAGGCUAAGCAGUGAGUGUUUUUUUUCGGUUACUGUUCUCUGUUUAUCUGCCACUGUACAAAUAAUCAAACAUGGCCAAAACGCUCAAGCUUUACUACGAUUUGAUGUCCCAGCCAAGCCGGGCUCUCUACAUCUUCCUCGAAAAAACUCAAAUUCCGUACGAGAGAUGUCCCACCAGUCUCGCAAAAGGACAACACAUGACGGAUGAAUUCAAGGCAAUCAAUCGCUUCCAGAAGGUGCCAUGCAUCGUCGAUAAGGACCUGCAUCUGGCGGAGAGUGUGGCCAUCCUGCGUUAUCUAGCUCGAGAGUAUAAGUUCCCCGACCAUUGGUAUCCAUCGGAUUGUCGCAAGCAGGCUCGCGUAGAUGAGUAUAUGGAGUGGCAGCAUCAUAACACCCGGGCAGCGUGCGCCCUAUACUUCCGAUACAUGUGGUUGCAGCCGAAACUUUCCGGAGCCAAGAUUAAUCCGGAAACGGCAGAAAAAUUCAAGGAACAAAUGGAGGCUUGUUUGGAUUUCAUUGAGCAGGAGUACUUGGGUAAAGAGAAUAAAUUUCUAACAAGCAAUGACAUAUCGGUGGCCGAUUUGUUGGCUGCUUGUGAAAUUGAACAACCGAAAAUUGCUGGAUAUGAUCCCUGUGCUGGAAGACCCAAUCUUGCAGCCUGGAUGGCACGCGUUAGAGAAGCAACUAAUCCGUACUACGACGAGGCACAUAAGCUAGUAUACAAGAUUGCACCAGAAAAUGUUCCAAAACCUAAGCUGUAAAGCAAUGUUUCGUUGUUUCAUACACGGAUAUUUCUUUUGCAAUAUACACAAAUAUCGAA